AUGGAAGGUGAACCCAGCUCCAACCCCACGUCAAUGGUAGGAAGAAUCUCUGCUAAAGAAAUGGGAGGGAGCCUAAGCGACAAGAAUAAUACGAGUCAUAUUCAUGAGUUAGAGAGAAGGAGAAAGGAGGCCGAAGAGAAGAGCGCCAAUCAGAAGAGAGCUAAGCUAGUCCUAGGUGCUACGUUAGAAAGUACUGCGUAUCGACCCAAGUCCGAAGUGACACAAGAAUUAUGGGAUACGAUUGUUUAUGUUAUGAGUGGGUUCUUAGGGGACCAGAGCCAUCUGGUUGUGAUAUCGGCUGCUGAUUCGUUGGUAGAGAUUCUCAAGAAUGAAGAGUGGACCAACACGAAGAAAAGAUCGGAGAUAGACCUGUUGAUCGGACUUAAGAUCGAUGACAUUGCGUUUAAUAAGUUUGUCAGUUUAGUAAACAAAAUUACAGACUAUGAGGUUAAAGAAGAGAGUGGCGAUAGUGAGAACGACGGUAUUGAUGGUGACGAAGCGCAGAUCAUUUUCGAAGGGGAAGAUGAUGAAAAUGACCGUGAAGGGAUUGAUGAAUACGAACUUGAGAUUCAAGAAGCAGACAACGAUGAACCUGAAACUGAACAAAGGAAUGAUGCUAAUGAUUAUCUUUCUGUUCAGAAAACAAUUGUAUUAAAAGAAGAGGAGAAGGCUAAUGAUGAUGAUAACGAUGUUUCUAACAAUACUUUUAUACCGUUAUCUGAAAUAGAUAGCUUUUACCUCCAACGAGAGAUCAAGAGAUUGUUUCCUGAAGAAAGUAAUGAACAAAUUGAAUAUUUAACUAAGGGGACUCUUGAUUUGCUAAAGAAUAAAGCUCUAGAUACCAGGAACUUGGAGAAUGAGUUAAUGGACUUUUACAAUUAUGAUAACUUUGAUUUCAUUAAGACAUGUCUUGAUAACAGAUGGAGAUUGAUAUAUCAAGUUAGACUACAAGAGUGUCAAGAUAAUGACAGUGAACUAGACCAAAUAUAUAAGGAAUUGGGUGAAUUGAAGGAAUAUGAUUUGGUGGACGAAUUAAAGGGUAAGAGCAAACAUAGAGCAACUCAACCAAAGAGAAAACUACCGGAAGCCGAAGCCGAAGCCGAAGCCAAAGCCGAAGCCGAUGUCCAAGGACAAGCCGGGGCCGAAGCGGAAGCUGAAGGCUCUUUUAAGAAAAGGAAAACUCACCAUACUAGAGAACCACGUAUUGUGGACUUAAACAAUUUGGUAUUCGAUCAAGGGUCUCAUCUUAUGACUCAAAGCAAGUUGAAAUUACCUCCAGGUUCAUUUCAAAAGAAUAAGAAACUAUACGAUAUAAUAUCCAUUCCUCCACCUACUCCUCCACCUCAGUCCGAAGAUGAAGAACUAGUAAAGAUCUCAAUGCUCCCUCAAUGGGCCCAAUGUGUGUUUCCGGCCAACGAAACCCUGUCAUUGAACAGAAUCCAAUCGAAAGUGUAUCCUUCUGCAUUCCAAACAGAUGAGAAUAUGUUGCUAUGUGCUCCCACUGGUGCUGGUAAAACCAAUGUUGCGAUGCUUACUAUGCUUCGAGCCAUGGAUAACUUUCGAACAGAGAAGGAUAAUAAGUUCAAUAUUCACAAGUUUAAAAUAGUUUACAUUGCACCCUUGAAAGCUCUUGUUCAAGAACAGAUGCGUGAAUUCCAACGUCGUUUGACGACCAAUUUUGGUCUUGUGGUCAAUGAAUUAACUGGUGAUGCUUCCUUAUCCAAAAAGCAAAUCAAUGAGACCCAAAUUUUGGUUACCACCCCUGAAAAAUGGGAUGUUAUCACCAGAAAGGAGAAUGCCUUUGUUGGAUUAGUGAAGUUGAUUAUCAUUGAUGAAAUUCAUUUACUUCAUGACGAAAGAGGGCCCGUAUUAGAGAGUAUUGUUAGCCGGACAUUAAGACAACAAGAUAGCAGUGGGAAUUCAGUGAGGUUGAUUGGGCUAUCAGCAACCCUACCUAACUAUAAGGAUGUUGCGCAAUUCUUGCGAGUAGACUUGGAUAAAGGACUAUUUUAUUUCGAUGCUUCAUAUAGACCAUGUCCUUUAGCUCAAGAGUUUAUUGGUAUUAAAGAGAAGAAGGCCAUCAAGAAGUUAUCAGCCAUGAAUGAAGCAUGCUACGAGAAAAUGGUAUCUUCUCUUGACAAUUCACAUCAGAUAAUUAUUUUUGUUCACUCCAGAAAGGAAACGUUCAAGACAGCCAAAUUAUUGAGUGAGAAAUUAAAGGAGAAUAAUAAGGACAGGAAACACUUAAGUGAUGGGGUCAAAGAGAUCUUGAAACAAGAGGCUGAUCAAAUGGAGCACCAGAACAUAAAGGAAGUGUUAAUAGAUGGGUUUGGAAUCCAUCAUGCUGGUUUAAAUAAGAAUGAAAGAUCUAUUGUGGAAGAUUUAUUUGCACAAGGCCACAUACGAGUUUUAGUAUCCACUGCAACAUUGGCAUGGGGUGUGAAUUUACCAGCCCAUACUGUUAUCAUCAAAGGAACCGAUACUUAUUCACCUGAGAAAGGUGAAUGGGUUCAGUUAUCACCACAGGACAUUUUGCAAAUGCUAGGAAGAGCAGGUAGACCCAGAUAUGAUACUCAUGGUGAAGGUAUUAUCAUCACAUCUCAUGAAGAAUUACAAUAUUACAUGGCAAUCUUGAAUCAACAGUUGCCCAUUGAAUCUCAGAUGAUCAGCAGACUUGCUGAUACUUUAAACGCUGAAAUUGUGUUGGGAACGGUCAAGAACAGAAACGAUGCCAUUGAAUGGUUGGGAUCAACUUAUUUAUACAUCCGGAUGUUGCAUAGUCCUUUGGUUUAUUUCGUUGGCAGGGAAGAAAGCGAUGAUUUGCUACUUUUGAAAAGACUAGACUUGGUUCAUUCAGCGUUGACCAUAUUGAAUGAUAAUAAAUUGGUGGAAUACGAUCCGACUACCGGGGAAAUCAAGUACACCGAAUUAGGAAGGAUUGCUUCACAUUUUUAUAUCAAUUAUGAGUCCAUGAAUAUAUUCAAUUCUAAGUUGAACAUUUGGUCUACGGAAAUUGAUAUACUCAAGAUCUUUUCGAUGUCAGGAGAGUUCAAGUUCAUUCCUGUUAGACAAGAAGAACGACUUGAAAUAGCUAAGCUCAAGGAGCGAUGUCCAAUCCCCAUUCGAGAGAAUGCCAGUGAUCCAUUGGCCAAAAUGAAUGUUCUUCUUCAAACAUAUAUAUCCAAGCUUCGUUUGGAAGGGUUUGCAUUGACAGCAGAUAUGAUUUACAUAUCUCAAUCAGCAGGACGACUCUUACGAGCCAUUCAUGAGAUAGCCUUGAAGAAAAACUGGGCUUCGGUGGUAAGAUGCACCUUGACUCUCUGUAAGAUGGUUGAAAGAAGAAUGUGGUUGACUGACUCUCCAUUCAAGCAAUUUAAUAAUGCUAACUCUGCACUUAUUAGGGCCACACAAAGAUCACAUUUACCUUUUGUGAGUUACUUUGACUUGACGGCAGAAGAAUUAGCUGAAGCCAUUUCCUUGAAGGGGAACAGUAUGCUCAUAACUGAAGCAUUACAACAGUUUCCCAAGUUAUCUUUGAGUUACUUGCUACAACCUUUAACGCCGUCCAUGCUCAAAGUUCAAGUGGAAGUUGUUUCUGAUUUUGUGUGGAAUGCCAAACUUCAUGGCAACCAACAACGAUUCCUUGUUAUAGUGGAAGAUUGUACUGGAGAGACCGUCAUUCAUUCAGAAAAAUAUAUUGCUAUGAGGAAAUUUGGUAAUAAAGAGACCAUAAUUGAAUUCUCCUUGCCCAUAAGAGACCCCAUUGAUCCAGUUUAUUAUGUCACUUUCUUGAAUGAAAGCUGGCUUCAUUCCGAAUGGAGAAUUCCUCUUAGUUUGAACAAUUUACAUGUACCCAAGAAACCUUCGUCAUACACUGAUUUAUUGGACGUUUCCAAUAUUCCUGUUUCAUCUUUGCAAGUUGAAGACUUUGUUAAGACGUUCAACUUUUCCAGCUUCAAUAAGUUCCAGUCUCAAGCGUUUAGAUCUUUGUACAAAUGCGAUGAGAAUGUGUUUAUUGGCAUGGCUAAAGGUAAUGGGAAAACCGUUUGUGCUGAACUUGCUAUAUUGAGACAUUGGAAGGCCAAUAGGGGAAGAAUUGUCUACAUUAAUCCUUGUCAACAGAAGGUUGAUUCUUUGACCAAAGAAUGGUCUAAAAAGUAUAGUCAUCUUCCAGGGAAGACUAUCAACAAGUUGAGUGGCGGUGGCGAUGUAGCAAUAGAUUUGGGGUUGAUUAAUUCUAGUCAUUUAAUUCUUGCUACACCUGAGCAAUUUGACACCAUUUCCCGUCGUUGGAGACAUAGAAAGAGUAUUCAAAAAAUAGAGCUACUCAUAGUUGAUGAUGUUCAUGGAGUUGGCAAUGGGAUGAUGUCGUUUGCUUACGAAUCUCUCAUCACCAGAAUGAGAUUUAUGUCCACACAAGUGAAGAACUUGAAGUUGCGUAUCAUUGGGUUAUCCAGUCCUUUGGUUUACGGAAGAGACUUUGGCGAAUGGUUGGGAUGUCUGAAGAAGUUCGUAUUCAACUUCAACCCUUUAAAAAGGUUUAGAACCAUCAAGGAGAUCCAAUUGUACAAUUCAGAGGAUCUAUCAUUGAAUACUUCUUUGAUGGUUACGGCAUUUGAUUUCAUCAAGAAAUUUCUGGAGAACUACAACGGUUCAACAAACAUCAUCUAUGUGCCAACUCGGAAGAACUGUCUUGAAGUGUGUUCUCAGGUGGUAGAGAGUGCCAUUGAUUGCAGUUGGAACUUAUUAACUGUAGCACCAGAAGACUUGGCUCCUUAUUUAGAGAAGGUCAUUGAUGCCACGGUUAAACAGUCCUUAUCUGAGGGGGUAGGGAUAUACUAUGAGGGCAUGGAGACCACAGAUAAACUUAUAGUGGAGAAGUUAUUCACCAAUGGGGUGAUUUCUGUGGUUAUUGCUACCAAGGAGACUUCAUACUAUUGUCCCUUGGCUACUAAUGUUGUGAUCUUGACCGCCAAAGAGUACGAUGAAAAGGAGAACAGAUGGGUUAAUUAUUCCAUUAACGAUAUGUUUGAGAUGAUAGGCACUUGUGGAAGUGAUAAACAGAACCCCAAGCUGUGUCUUGAUUCCAGGGUACUUAUUGUUGCUGAGACAGGCCAAUCAGAGUUCUAUAGCGAGUUCUUGAAGCAAGGUUUACCUGUGGAAAGCUUUGCCACUGAAUACAUUCAUGAUGUCUUUAUGAAUGAAAUAAGCUCUGGUAUCUUCACCUCCAAGCAAGAUUGCAUUGAUUGGCUAACAUAUACCUACUUCUAUCGGAGACUAUUGGUCAACCCCAGUUUCUAUGAGUUGAAGGACACUUCUCAUAUGGGGAUAUCUGAAUAUUUGUCUGAGUUAGUGGAGGACACACUCGAAGGCUUGAAGAAACACAACUUGAUAGAAGUUGAAGACGAAGACGAGGACGAGGAAUCCAUUGAACCAAUGACGGGAUCAAUUAUUGCGUCGUACCAUAAUGUUUCUUACGGUACGAUGAUUGAACUCUUCAAGUUAAAUAACACCACUAAAUGGAGAACCGUUCUCGAGAUCCUCUCUAACUGUCUGGAACUAGCAUUUAUCCCCGUCCGUAUGGGAGAGCCUCUGGUGUUGGAAAAACUAAAUGGGUCUAUACCAUUCAAAGCAAAUCCUCAGCAAACAGACUUUAGUCUUGUAUCUACCAAGAUAUUCAUUUUGUUACAGUGUCACUUUCUUCGGACAACUACUCUCAAUCACCACUUGCCGGUCGACAUGCAGUUGGACUUGAACCAAAUCUUACGCCGAGUACUAGCUUUGGUAAAUGCUGGUGUUGAUCUUAUGGCCAGUGAAGGUUAUCUUGGGGCCAUGAGACUAAUGGACAUCUCACAGAUGAUAGUGCAGGGCGUGUGGAUCAAAGAUUCACCUCUCAAACAGAUCCCCCACUUCAACCAGGACAUCUUACGGCGAUGUGAGAAGCUGAAUGUCGAGACGGUGUACGAUAUAAUGGCAUUGGAGGAUGAAGAGAGAGACGAGAUCUUAACAUUGGACGACGAUAAACUAAAUGAUGUGGCCGAUUUCGUUAAUAAAUACCCAAACAUUGAGAUUAGCUAUCAAAUGUCUAAAGACACUAUUCGUGCUAAUGAACCCAAGAAGAUUACGGUGAAUAUCGAAAGAGAUGAAGAUAUGGAAGAUUUGACGGUGGUUACUCAAAGGUUCCCCCACUCCAAGUCUGAAAGCUGGUGGCUUGUGGUUGGUGAUCAAAAGACAAAGCAAUUGUAUGGAAUCAAGAAGAUAGCCAUUGCAAAGGAAACACAACUGAUUAAUAUGGAGUUUACACUUCCCAAUGCAGGAACCCAUAAACUUAGUCUUUGGUGUGUUUGUGACUCUUAUGUUGAUUCCGAUAAGGAAGUUACUUUUGAGGUUGAAGUUGAGAGUGCUGAUGAUUAG